CCCUCGGUGCCUCUCCCUGGCCGCCCAGCCCAGCCCCGCCGUCCCUCCGGAGCGCCUUUUGUCUGGGCGGGGGGCUUGGAGUAGAGCCGCGGGCGCUGAAUGGGGGCUCCGCGAGGCUCCGGGGGCGGCCGGGGUUAGAGACCCCUCCUCUCUCCCCCUCCUCCUCUCCUCCGUCGGCUCUGACCCCCCCUCUCCCUCUCUCUCGCCCCCCCCCCCACGCCUGCUUGGCCCGGGGAGGGGUCGCCAUGGAUUGCACGAGCGGCUGCGGGGGCGGCAGCGACCCCCGGCCGCUGGAGGAGAGCAAGCAGCCCUUGCUGGGUGAGGCGCCCGAAGGGACCAAGCCCGGAGCCGCCCCGUGCCGGCGAGGCGUCCACUGCAGCGGCAUGCGCUACAAGCUGCUCCAGGAAGGGGACAUUCAGGUGUGCGUCGUGCGGCACCCCAGGACUUUCCUCAGCAAGAUCCUCACCUCCAAAUUCCUGCGCCGGUGGGAGCCGCAUCACCUGGCCCUCAACGAGCACAGCCUGGCCUCGGCCACGCCAACUGGGUACAUGGAAAGCUCCAUUUCCUACAGUUCGAUCGAAGAUAUUCAGUUGCUCUCUUGGGAAAAUGCCCCAAAGUAUUGUUUACAGCUCACAAUUCCCGGAGGAACAGUCUUGCUCCAGGCUGCAAACAGUUACCUGAGAGACCAGUGGUUCCAUUCCUUGCAGUGGAAGGUAAGUUGUUUAUGUUUUGUUUUUUUUGCUACAAUCAUUAGAAGAAGAAAACAAUCUGUGCACUUUGGUGUAGUUACCCUACAAAUCAAUUAUAUUGGUCUUCGGUUUCCCGCAUUUGCACUUGCUCCUUUGCUGGAAAACAACCAUCCACCACCUGACUUGUGUGAAUUCUUUUGCAAGCAUUGCCGAGAACGCCCCCGGUCUAUGGUGGUCAUAGAAGUCUUCACUCCAGUGGUACAAAGAAUCCUAAAACAUAACAUGGAUUUUGGUAAAUGUCCUCGGUUGCGGCUCUUUACUCAGGAGUAUAUUCUGGCCUUGAAUGAACUGAAUGCAGGCAUGGAAGUGGUAAAGAAAUUUAUCCACAGUAUGCACGGCCCGACCGGCCAGUGUCCACACCCACGGGUCCUUCCGAAUCUUGUUGCCGUCUGCCUAGCAGCCAUUUAUUCCUGCUACGAAGAAUUCAUCAACAGCCGGGACAACUCUCCAAGCCUGAAGGAAAUUCGGAAUGGCUGCCAGCAGCCCUGCGACCGCAAGCCCAACCUGCCUCUCCGUCUUCUCCACACCAGCCCUGACCUGAUGUCCCGGGAGGCUACACUGGCUGAAUCCCGCCUCAAGUCCGUCAUCGUCACGUCCAACGAGAUCCACGUUGAGGUUGAACGCAACAACAUGGCCAACCAGAAGAUGACCGCCAGCAUCGGCAACGACAGCGAGCCCAACCUGAUUGACUGUUUGAUGGUCAGCCCCACCUGCAGUAGCAUUAGCAUCGAACUCAGCGCUCAAGCAGACCGUAUCCUUGGCUGCUUUGUGGAAAUACUCAAGAUGCUAUCAGAUUACGAAGAUUGGAGACCAGCUCUGGCCAGUUUGCUCCAGCCCAUCCCAUUCCCCAAAGAGGCUCUGGCACACGAGAAGUUCACAAAGGAGCUGAAGUACGUCAUUCAAAGAUUCGCGGAAGACCCAAGACAAGAA